AUGGACGGGACACCAACGGGGAAAGGGGACGACGGCAAGAAGGAGAAGACGGAAGAUGAGGCGGUGCAACUUCGGAGGACGAUAGGCCUGCUGCCCGCCAUGUGCUUGAUCAUCGGCACAGUGGUGGGCAGUGGGAUCUUCAUCGCACCCAAGGGUGUCCUGGCGAACAGCGGCGGCAGCGUGGGGCUCUCCCUGCUGGUGUGGGUGCUGUGUGGGGUCCUCUCGCUGCUCGGGGCCAUGUGCUAUGCUGAACUGGGCACCACUUUCACAAAGUCAGGGGGCCACUACAUUUAUCUCCUGGAGACGCUGGGGCCGCUGCCCGCCUUUUUACGACUCUGGAUUGAGGGCCUCUUCAUCAGGCCAGCUGUGUCGUGCACCGUGGCCCUGGCGUUUGGCCGCUACGUGGUGGAGCCGUUCUUCACGCCGUGCGCUGCUCCCAUAGAGCUCAUCAAACUGGUCAGCCUCCUGGGAUUGACGUUCGUCGUGGCCAUCAACUGCUGGAGUGUGACCUUGGCCUCCCGCACUCAGGUCGCCUUGACUUUCUUAAAGAUGUUCGCUCUGGUCCUCAUCAUCGUCCCCGGAGGCAUCGCGCUGGCCAAAGGAAAAACAAAGAGUUUCCAGAAUGGUUUCGAGGUCGACUCAUCAACGUUGGAUAUGUUGCCACUGGCCUUCUAUAAUGGCCUGUAUGCCUACGGUGGAUGGUUUUACCUAAACUAUAUCACAGAAGAGGUCAGAAACCCAAAUAGAAACCUCCCGCUGGCCAUCAUCUGCUCCAUCGUGACAGUGACCGUCUGCUACGUGCUCGUCAACGUGGCCUACUUCACAGCGAUGACUCCCGCCGAGCUGCUGCUGUCCGAGGCCGUGGCCGUGACGUUCGCGAACCGCGCUCUCCACGGAAUGGCCUCCGUGGUUCCCUUUCUCGUGGCGCUGUCCUGCCUCGGGGCGCUUAACGGUGGAAUCUUCGGAUCACCCAGGAUGCUGCUUGUUGGAGCCAGGGAGGGCCACUGGCCCACAAUCUUUUCCAUGAUUCACAUCCGCAGACGCACGCCUUUGCCCGCCGUGCUAAUCCUGUACCCCUUGAUGGUGUUGAUGUUAGUCACGGGAGACAUCUACCAGCUCAUCAACUUUGUCUCCUUUUCCCGCUGGCUCUUCAUCGCCUUGGCGACCUUGGGGAUGAUCCUCCAUCGGUAUCGCUUCCCCGACUACGUACGACCUUUCAAGGUGCCCGUGGCCGUCGCGGUCACCUUCACGGUGGUCUGCUUCUUCAUCGUGGGCCUGUCUCUGUACUCGGACCCCUGGAACACCGGGAAAAGCUGCGCUCUCACGCUGAGCGGCAUCCCGGUUUACUACGUGACCGUCUACCGCUAUCGCUUGCCACGUAGUUUGAGACGCGUCUUCGACUACGUCAGCAAGCAGCUCCAGAUCCUGCUAGAAGUGACUCAACAGGAAGUGCAGACAUACUGA